CAUAGAUUUAAUAGAUUAUUAAAUUCGAUUCUGCUUAUAUACACAAGUCUGUGAAUGAUGUUAUUAAAUUCAAUGUUUUAAGUUGUCUUAAUUUGAACUCACUUAAAUCGAGAAAGAGAUAAUUAAUAGGUAGUACUUGAUACCAAUUUCUGUAAAAAACCACUCUGCAAUAAAAGUACUGUUGCAUGUUUACAAACCUACCUACUGUUAUGCUAAAUGUCUCUGACAUCAUCUAGAGUUUUUUGAAUGUAUACAAGCGCAAUAGCAAGACAUAAAAUCACCGUUCAUCAAGUCAGCACCAGCGUUCAUUAUGACUACAGCUGCUAGACCCACUUUUGAUCCUGCAAGAGGUGGUCAAGGCCGAGGAGAGAAAGACUUAAGUGCUAUUUCUCGACAGUAUUCCAGCAGAGAUCUUCCUGGUCAUACGAAACUUAAAUACAGGGAAUCAGGUCAAGGGACAUCUGAGGAAUUACGCUCUCGUGAUUUUCGUAAGGAGUUGGAUGAUAGAGAAAAAGAUAUUAAAACUACUACUACAAAACGUACAAGUGAACCACAAGCAAAAAGAACUAAGGUUGAUCAAGUUCCUGCAGCAAGUCUUGAUGCUGAUGAUCCUCUUGAAGGCGAUUCCACUGACUCUGAUGAUUCAGAUGAUGAUACUGCUGCAUUGCUAGCAGAAUUAAACAGAAUUAAAAAGGAAAGGGCCAUUGAACAAGCUAAAAAAGAAGCUGAAAAGAAACAAGAAGAGGAAAGAAUUAGAAUGGAGAACAUAUUAUCGGGUAAUCCUUUACUCAACUACUCCGCUGCAGGACAGAAGAAUGACAUGAAGGUAAAAAGAAGAUGGGACGAUGACGUUGUUUUCAAAAAUUGCGCUCGUUCUGAACCGGAAAAGAAACUUAAUACUUUUAUAAAUGACUCAUUAAGAUCAGAGUUCCAUAAGAAAUUUAUGGAAAAGUACGUGAAAUAGUAAAUCAUUAUUGAUAUUGUAAUUCUAAAUUUAAAGUUGUUAAAAGCGAUUCUGUACUCUAUUGUAAGCGGAAUAGUGAUAACGAAGUGGAAAUGCUACUAUGGAUAUCACAAACACGCAAAGAAAAGAUUGACGAAAACCAAUAUAAUUUUAGUAAAUAUUGUGAAAAAUACGUCAUUUUGUUGUUUUGAAUAAAUUAUAUGAAAACAAA